CCCCAUUCGGCCUGCUCCCUAGUUUCUUAGCUAGACCCAUGAUUCUUUGUUAGCUACCUCUCGUUUCUCGGGAUCCUACGAGAAGAUUGGCAUCUAAGAAAGAUGCGACUCAGGGCAGCAUUGCUAUUAUAAUAGUAAUGCUGCUCCUAGCCAAACUUCAACAACCUUUGGCUCUCUCAAUCUUUUCUAACUUCUCGGUUGUUUCAAAAUGGUAUCCUCCGAUUCCAAAAUCAUCAUCGUCGGCGCUGGAGUGUUUGGGCUAAGCACCGCCCUAUGGCUCGCCCGCGAUGGUUACAAGGACAUCACCGUUUUCGAUCGCUGUUCUUUCGAUAAGAAUUUCUACAACCCUUCAAAUGGCUGUGACGGAGCUUCCGCAGACAUCAACAAAGUCUUUCGAAUGGCAUAUGGAGAGAAACUAGACUACCAGAAUCUCGCCAUCGAGGCAAGAGAUACAUGGCUCUCCUGGAACAAGGAGAUAGCAGAAAGCGUUGCUGCUGAUCUUCCUCCCGGUCUCACUCCCGAGGAUAAACUCCUUCAUAUCUGUGGAUGUUAUUUUGUUGCCGAAGGCAGGAAGUUGCACGAUUUCUAUGCGGAGAGUUUGGAUACGAUGGAGAAGACGGCGCCGGAGAUGCGGAAGAUGCAAUUCGUCAAGGGACACGAAGAGGAUAAAGAGGCCCUACGCAGAAUAAGCCGGAAGUGGGUCGAAAAGUACCACGUUAUCGAUGGGAUCAAUGGCGGCGACACAAAUGGAUUCAUCGAUAUCAAUGGUGGAAUCACUAUCGCCGACAAGGCCUGUGUCUACGCACGAUUUCUAUGCGUCCAAGCCGGCGUCAAGUUUAUUCUCGGCGACCCCCAGGGCAAGCUUGAGACUCUGAUUACCGCGCACAAUGGUCCGGAAAGGAAGGUGGCUGGGAUUAAAACGUGUGAUGGCCAGACUCACUCUGGUGAUCUUGUGAUAGUUGCUGCUGGCAGCUGGACAGCCUCAAUCAUUCCGGAGGCGCAUCGAGUUGUAGAGGCCACGGCCGGCACUGUCGCGUUUAUCGACAUCCCACGGGAUCGGCAGGAUCUGUGGGAUAGAUUCCAUCCCGAUAAUUAUCCCGUCUGGUCUUAUAGAAGGGGGGAAGGUGAUGAGUACUACCAAGGAGGGAGCUUUCCCAUCACCAAAGAAGGGCGACUGAAAUUUGGCUUCCGCGGGCGCAAGUUCACCAAUUUCCAAGACCAUCCUACUGAACCAAAUCUCCGCAUCUCGACUCCGAGAACGAAGUACACGAAGGAGCCUAUAAACACCGUGCCGCUCUAUGGCCUUAAGCUCAUGAAAGAGAUUAUAGCCCAAGCUUUGCCUGAGUUGGUGGAAUUUGGAUUUACUGAUAGCAGAUUAUGUUGGUACACAGAUAGCAUCGACAAUGAUUAUGUCAUCGACUAUGUCCCCGGCUACUCAGACUCUCUUUUCAUCUGCACAGGAGGAUCCGGCCACGGCUUCAAAUUUCUCCCCGUGCUCGGCAGACACGUCAAAGCCCAAAUUGAACGCAACCCGGAUAACUUCACGUCGUUGUGGAAGUGGCGUGUUGUCGAGGAAGGGAAAUCGAACAACGGGCUGGAGCAAGGAGAGACGGGUCCGAGAGAGAUGUCCAGGCUUGAAAUGGCUGAGCCUGAAGAUUUCAAGAUCAAACAGGCGGGUUCUAAACUGUAGGAGGUGGACAUCAAUGUAGUUCUUAACAUAUUACAAUAGAGCAUAUCAACCUAAUCCUUUGCCGC